UUUAUUGUGUCCCGAUCAGGCUAUUUGUCGAUUUAAUUUUUGGACUGCUUCUUACCAAUGCUGUAGACAGGAUAAUCAAUUAGGUAAAAACUUAACCUACAAGAUGUAAAAAUUCUUCAUCAAGGCCACCAUCAAUCUAUUCAAAAACAUAUGAAGGAAGCAACAGUUAAAAGUAAAAAUCUGCAACAAGAAUGCCCUCUAGGCGAGAUUAUCUACAAAUUAAGCGAUAGAGAGGAUUAUUGCUCAUCAGAUGUCGAUUGCCCGCCUAUGGGACGUUGUAACUUACAUACUCAUUUAUGUUGUGGUCCACCAGGAGAGUGCCCAGUGGCGGGUGAACAUCCUGUAUUUGAUGAACAAGGUGAGAAAUUACUCGAUGAACGAACCUGGUCAAACAUGGAAAAUGUAAAUAAUAAUAAUCUUUGA